AAUUUUGAACACCAAAAAAGCAAAUUCCAUAGGCGGUAUGGCGUUAAGAGGGGCUGCCAUUGCUGGAACUUGCAUCGGAAGACAAAGAACCACCCCAUUUCUCCUUUCAUCUUCUCCUUUUUCCAGGCUGCGAUCCCAUCAUUUCGCUUCCCCUCCUCUCCAAAGAUUUGAACCUAUUCCCAACUACAAAACUGGAUUUACGAAUCAGAUUCGGGCGGUACAGAAGGCAACUGCAGAUACUAUAACAUCCCAGAAAGGAAAAGAAAAUGAUGAACAAAAAUCCCAGCAAAAUUGGAAGAUUAAAAUGCUUUAUGAUGGCGAUUGUCCGCUUUGCAUGCGUGAGGUUGAUAUGCUAAGGGAGAGGAAUAAGCAAUAUGGCACUAUCAAGUUUGUUGACAUUAGUUCUGAUGAUUAUUCUCCUGAAGAAAAUCAAGGAUUGGACUACAAAACUGUUAUGGGAAGAAUUCAUGCCAUUCUCUCUGAUGGAACUGUUGUCACAGAUGUUGAGGCAUUUAGAAAAUUGUAUGAGCAAGUUGGUCUUGGAUGGGUUUAUGCCAUUACCAAAUAUGAACCUGUUGCAACAAUUGCUGAUUCCAUCUACGGUGUUUGGGCUAAGUAUCGUCUUCAAAUUACUGGCCGGCCACCAUUAGAAGAGGUCUUGGAGACAAGAAGAAAGAACAAGGCUGACAUGUGCAAUGACAACAGCAAUUGCAAGAUAUAAAGAUUCCUCUCAAUGGCUGAUGAUAGGUCUUAGUGUAACUAUUUGCAUAUUUAUCAUUUGUGAAACUUUUUUCCCUAUUAUACACACACAUAAUACACAACAUUCAAUCGGUCAAACAUUCAGUACAAAUCUAAAACCCCAAACUUCUGUAUAUGGUUCAUGUAAUUGCCAUAUUUAAUUAUAAAGA